AUGCCAUCAUGGUCAACCCAUUCCUCUCCUUCUCUUUUACUAAAGCUAUUACAACUUGCCCUGAAUGAAUCCAAGCCAAAAUCCAAUACGCCACGCCAUGAGAGUUUCUGGACGACCUUGUACAUCAUGAGCACCCAACUUUUGCGAAAGUAUUGGUUUCUUGUUGGACUUGCCAUGGUGAUAUCACUUGCCGUUGCCUUUCCCGAUGUUGCUCGUUAUGGUGGCUAUUUGCAUGCUGAAUGGACCAUCAAGUGGGGCGCCGUCAUUCUUAUCUUUUUCAUUUCGGGCUUGUCUCUACGUACACAAACCUUGGCUGAAACGGUGCUACGUAUACGAUUACACUUUUUGGUGCAAAUGAUUAGCCUUGUCCUGAUUCCUUUUUUCGUAUUUGGCUUUGUGCUGCUCCUUUUCAAAGCCAAUGUGCAUAUGGAUUCUUUGCUAUUGAUUGGAUUAGUGAUUGCUGCAAGUACACCCACCACCGUAUCCUCCAACGUCGUCAUGACCAAAAACGCAGGAGGCAACGAAGCAACAGCAUUGAUGAAUGCCGCUACGGGCAACUUGCUUGGUAUCUUUGUAUCGCCUGCCCUCGUUAGCUUCUUUCAAGAGCCUUUGGUGGAUGCCACACCUGAACCUGAUAGCGUUACGAAGAUCGAUGGCCAAGUGCAUUUCGCUUCUGUUCUCAUGCAAUUGGGUUUAUCGGUAUUACUGCCCCUUGUUGUGGGACAAGCCGUACAAUGGAUAGCACCAGUCACCGUGGUUCAUAUCAAAGAAAGAUGUCGCCUUUCCGAUAUCAGCAGCGUUGCAUUGUUAUCGCUUGUUUGGGCCGUGUUUUCCAAUGCUGUGUAUGCUCAUUCAUUUGAUGCGGUCAAGGCAUCCGAUAUUUGCGUGGUAGCCUUGAUCAAUCUUUUGUUUUAUGGCAUCUUUUGUGCGCUCUGCUUUUAUUUGGCACAUUACUUGCCGUUUCCACGUCUACGUUACUCUCGUCAAGAUACCGUUGCUGUGAUGUAUUGUGGAGCUACCAAGACGGUUGCCAUGGGCGUCCCUUUGAUCAAUGUCUUGUAUGAAAAUGCUGAUCCAGGCACAGUUGGUGUUUUGAUGACCCCACUCCUCCUUUACCACAUUGAACAACUCAUUAUCGGGAAUAUCCAAGUCGAUUUUUUGAAACGAUGGAUCCAAAAAGACGAGGAAAAUAGUAGUAGUAGUAGUAGUAAUAUGGAUGAUUAUUGUCAUUUCGACGACGACGAUAAUGAUGAUGGAAGCUCCUCCUCCGAUCUCACAUUAUGCGACGAGUCAUGCAAGGAUCAUCAUGACGUGUAUCAAAAAGUUUAG